AUCAAUCACAACCCACCUCACCGCCCUCAUUCUCACGACGCCAGCAACCGCAAGUGAAAAUUAGAAGAGCAGGAAAAUCAGAAAGAAAGGAAUAAUUCACAAAAUUAAUAGAGAAUAAAAGUAAGAGAUCACCAAAAUGAAGGACAUCAUAAACAGCCGUUCGCCCUCGCCGCCGGUUUUCUCACCCUUGGCAAUCGACGCAGACCUCGCACCCCUCCCAGAGUACAAGGCGGCGGGCGAGACCAAGAUCGACUUUGGCGGGCUACUUCCCGCGACGGCACCGCUGCGGCUGCACGAGGACCUCAGCUCAGGAUGCGGCGGCCAGCUGUGGCCGGCGGGCAUGGUGCUGGCGACGCACAUGCUGCGAGACCGCAGGAGCUCCAUCGGCCGCGAGAGGAUACUGGAGCUGGGCGCCGGCGGUGGCCUCGUGUCGCUGGCCGUGGCGCGAGGGUGCGACGUCGAGACGCCGAUUCUGAUAACGGACCAGCUCGAGAUGUUGGCCUUGAUGGAGCAUAACAUCCGCCUCAACGAGGUGGAGGACAAGGCCAAGGCUUUGAUCCUCAACUGGGGUGAGCCGCUCCCACAACAAGUAGUCGACCUCAAGCCGACGGUGGUUCUGGCGGCCGACUGCGUCUACUUUGAGCCAGCGUUCCCGCUGCUCCUCCAGACGCUGACGGACCUGCUGGCCCUGUCGCCGCCCAAGGAGUGCACCGUAUACUUUUGCUUCAAGAAGAGGCGGCGGGCAGACAUGCAGUUUCUCAAAAAGGCGCAAAAGAUGUUUUCGGUCGUCGAAGUUCCCGACCAGGACCGGCCCGUCUUCAGCCGACAAAACCUGUUCCUCUACGCCAUCACCAGCAAGGAGGAGGCGACGAAGGUGACGACGAGUUGACACUAUACAUUAUUAAUGGGGAGUAGCAAGCAAUGUGAAUUGUGGA